AUGGCACCAAGACAGUCUAAGACAGCCAAAAGGUCCAAGACCCAAAAUGGCACCCGUGAGGUUACCAGCGAGGUGACGUCGGAUUCGCGCGCCAGGAACCAGCUGGCUAACCAACCAAACCUUACCCCCAAAUCAAGGAUUCAUAAGCCCAAAAAAGGAGCCCUGAAAAAGGAGCUUAAAAGAGUGGAGCUCUACGGCAAGAAGAAGAAACGUGAAUAUACCGAGAAAGAACUUGAUUUGCCCAAAUUGAACAUGGCUAUUAGCCCUGGUGUCGUGAAGAAGAGUGGUAAGAAAGGCAAAAAGUUCGUGGAUGAUCACGACACGCUGGUAAUGCAAAGACUGGUGAGAACCAUCAACGAUGCUCAAGAUUCUGUUAACGAAAGCAAACUGGAGAAAGCCAAGAGACUCGAGGAAAUACGAGAGGUGAAGAGACAGGAGCUGGAGAGAAAAGAACAGGCCAAGGUCAGCAAAUUAGAGGACAAAAAACAAGAAUUGAAGGACAAGGCCAGUGCUGCGAGAAUACUGAGGCGCAGAAAUGCUAAAGGUAGAUCCAAGGAGGAAAUUGAGCAAGAAAAACCAAAAAAGAAGAAGGUUUCGUUCGCAUGA